CCGCGGGGCGGGAGCGGUGGCUGCUCGGCGGGCGCGGAGCGGAGCGCGAAGCAGAGGCGCCGCCGCUGCCCCGGAGCAAGCCAUGCCGCGCUUGCCUCUGCUCUUGCCGCUGCUGCUUCUGCUGCUGCUGCCGCUGCUGCCGCCGCUGUCCUCGAGCCUCGGAAUCCGCGACGUGGGCGGCCGGCGCCCCGAGUGUGGUCCGUGCCGGCCAGAGGGCUGCCCGGCGCCUGCGCCCUGCCCGGCGCCCGGGAUCUCGGCGCGCGACGAGUGCGGCUGCUGUGCUCGCUGCCUGGGAGCCGAGGGCGCGAGCUGCGGGGGCCGCGCCGGCGCGCGCUGUGGCCCCGGCCUGGUGUGCGCGAGCCGGGCCGCGGGGGCGGCGCCCGAGGGCACCGGGCUCUGCGUGUGCGCGCAGCGCGGCACCGUCUGCGGCUCCGACGGUCGCUCGUACCCCAGCGUCUGCGCGCUGCGCCUGCGCGCCCGGCACACGCCCCGCGCGCACCCGGGUCACCUGCACAAGGCGCGCGACGGCCCUUGCGAGUUCGCUCCUGUGGUCGUCGUUCCUCCCCGAAGUGUUCACAACGUCACCGGGGCGCAGGUGGGCCUGUCCUGUGAAGUGAGGGCUGUGCCUACCCCAGUCAUCACGUGGAGAAAGGUCACAAAGUCCCCUGAGGGCACCCAAGCACUGGAGGAGCUGCCUGGGGACCAUGUCAAUAUAGCUGUCCAAGUGCGAGGGGGCCCUUCUGACCAUGAGGCCACGGCCUGGAUUUUGAUCAACCCCCUGCAAAAGGAGGAUGAGGGUUUGUACCAGUGCCAUGCAGCCAACAUGGUGGGAGAGGCUGAGUCCCACAGCACGGUGACGGUUCUAGAUCUGAGUAAAUACAGGAGCUUCCGCUUCCCAGCUCCCGAUGACCGCAUGUGAUGGAGAAAUGGUCUUAGAAACAUUGAUCAUGGGAUGAUGGAAAAGUCAAAUAAUGGAUCUUUGUGCUUCAUGAAGAGUUGGAAAACCUGUGUGUGUAGAUGACUCCUUUUGUAUGUUUUUAAAAAUUAGAUGCAAACUAGAUUUGUGUACAGAUGUAGUUUUUAGCAGGGCAAACAGUGAGAAACAGAUUUGCAUGUGGCUUUUUUAUACUUUUGCAAUGAAUUGUUCCAUGAGAAGUCUUUUUUUAAUUACUGUCUUCCAGGGAGAUCACAGAAUGGCAUGUUUGCAAUUUCUAAAGGGCUCGUGUCAGCUGUGACUCUUUACCUCAUUUGCCUAUGACCUAUUAGUGGUGCUCUGUGACUUAGUGUGUGUUGUAGAAGGUGGGAUGAGGGUCCCAGCUGUCCUCUGCCUGACUGUAACUUGCUGUGUGACUUGAACAGGUCCCUUCCCCUCUCUGGGCCCUGGUCCCUUCAUCUGUGAGUAUGGCAUUUUAACUGGAGGUUAUCAGUGUCCCUUUUAGCCCUGCCAUCCUGGAGUAAGAUGGCCUUUUGGGAAAAUUACAGGAGGUGUGGUCUUAGAGUUCUUUCUAAAAUGGUAUUCCCUCAGAAACAAAUUCCAUUGCUUUACCCCAGGGUGUGGACAGCUGGCUGUAGCUCUUCUAUUCCUACCUUUUUCCCUUUUGAGAUUUAGUUUUAGGUGGGAUGCUUUACCAGACUCAGGAGCACCUUGGCUGGGUCUUUGGAGACCAGAGCAUCGAUUUGUUAGCCUAGCAUUGUCUUUUUUAAAAUUUUAUUUUGAGACAGGGUCUCGCUUUAUCACCCAGGUUGGAGUGCAGUGGCGUGAUCAUGGCUCACUGCAACCUCCACUUUCUCGGCUCAAGUGAUCCUUCCACCUCAGCCUCCCGAGUAGCUGGGACCACAGGCAGGCCCCACCACACCCAGCUAUUUUUUUUUUUUUUUUUGUAGAGACAGAGUCUCCCUAUGUUGCCCAGGCUGGUCUCAAACUCCUGUGCUCAAGUGAUCCUCCUGCCUUGGCCUCCCAAAGUGCUGGGAUUACAGGCAUCAGCCACUGUGCCUGGCCUAGCCUAGCAUUCUCUAAACGGGUGGUUAGAAGCAGUGGAGACCAGGCUUCUGACGAUCAAAUUGUAAAAAAAAGGGGUCAGGUCUUAUCUCCAGACUGUGGAAUUAGAUUGUAGUAGAAUAUAUUUUACCUACAAACAUUUUGACCUCACCCAAGUAUAAGGCUCUCUUUUUUUUCUUUUUUAAUGAAAAAAGAAAGGAGAAUAUUUGCUGUUUUGUCUUAAAAAAAUAGAUCCUUAGGUGAUUAAAAUUUUCAAAUAAGAAUUGAGAUCCCUUACUAUGCACAGUCCUUUAAGUUCGUAAAGCUUGAUCCCAACUCUGGGAGAUGGGGCAGGACAGGUGUUAAUGUCCCUGCCUUUUGCAGAUGAAGAAACCAGGCUCUGAGAGGAGAAGCUGCUUGCCCAAGGUCUGAAGGCCUCUGAAAGAGGAGCAGAGCUCAGGGCACCUGGCCCUCCUUGGUCCCCUCUCUACUCCACGGUGCUGCUACUCAGGGUCAUGUCAAAACUAUGUAAAGGCAGAUGUUGCCAAUCCACAGGCUUCAGGGACUCUUACCAGGACUCAUCCCAACUUUGAAGGCACACUUUCAUACCGCUCACAUUGUGCAUUACAUUUUGGAGUCCUUGUUGGAAGUGAACUUUGCGCCUGUAAGCCUGCCAUUCCAUAUCUGAAACAUUGGGAUGGCAUCACCUUCUGUACUGUGCAGCAGAAGGAGACUGGCCUGGGAUUCUGGAAACAUGAUAUCUAUUUGCAUAUUAAUCCCUGGCUUGCUGUGUGACCCUGAGCAAGUCUCCUUCACUUUCUGUGCCUCAGUGUCCUUAUUUGAGUAAAAAGGGAAUAAAACUAGAUGAGUGGUUUUCAAAUUUUAAAACACUGGAAGCUCUCUUUGAAAACAAAAGAUGAGAAUUGAAAUGGAUGGCACUGGAAGCUGUUCUUGUCUACUGGGGUUUGGAGCUGCCAGGGGACCUGCUCACAUCCACUCCUCACUCAGCACCUCCCGCCCCUCCCUUCUCCACGCACUGUGACUUACUUCCAUGUGUGAGGGCCUGCCCCUAAUUCUCCUGUGUCUUCAAUGGUUGGGAGAUGAUUUGGUCAGACCCUUAGUGAAAUGAGGUGGGAAGGAACAGGGAUGCUGUGGCUCUGAAGAAGGCAGUAGAACAUCCCACACCUGCUAAUAAGCACAUUUUGCAAACUCAGUUGACUCACCUCAGAUUUGCCUAGUGAAAAUUGAAGGGCUGGAUGUAGACCCAGAGAGCAGGGUGGACAGAUCCCAUGCUGGAAUUACUGAGCAUCAAGACUGUAUGGGGCUGGCUUUAGCAUCAUCAUUCUGUGCAAAACAAAUAAAAAAUUAAUGUCACGCUGUCUGAAAUUUUCACCAAAACCAAAAAGGUGUAUUAACAUGAUUGUUCUAACCUCAUGGUUUUUCAAGUGUGAGUGCCCAGAGACCUCUUCAGAGGCUAAGAGAGCAUGCGUUGCCACAGCUGUUAGCAUUUGGAGACAUAAUUACAACGCCCUCCCCUACCUGCACCAAACCUGGGUUUUUCUACUGUUUUUAUAGAUGUCAUGAUGUCACGACCUCUGCACCCUGAAAAUAAAUGUUUUUAAGGACAGUC